UUGACUGAAUGUCAAGAUGUCAAUCUAUAGUCUCUGAAACGUAAUGAACAUAAUGAAUUGUACAUUGAAGUUGAAGUGUUUGUGUAAAUGAUUGUGAAACAAAGAAUAUUACAAUACGAAAUAAAUGAGGCUCGGUAGAGACAAAUUUUGGAACAUCACUCAUGAGUACGGAAGAGACUCUGUUGAAUCUCGACUUCGACAAAGUCCCCACAGCCAGUACGCCUCCCGAUGACGGCGUGGUAUCUCUGUCGAGUAGCGCCGAGGACAUCUGCCUAGUGCCGGAGGUCGGCUUCGAAGGCAACGUGGAGUCUCCGGGCGUCAACCGCGAGUCGCAGCCGCUGCUGGGCGGCCGCGGCGACCUGGACCUCUCCUGCAACCACUUCCCAGAUGACCCCGCCUUCAGCGAGCUGGUGUGGCAGGCGGAGGUGGCCAUCGACAACGGCAUCUUCCCCGAGAGGAUCUACCAGGGCUCCAGCGGCUCCUACUUCGUCAAGAACCCUGCGGGAAAAAUCAUCGGCGUAUUCAAGCCGAAGGAUGAGGAGCCGUAUGGGCGGCUCAACCCCAAGUGGACCAAGUGGAUGCACAAGCUGUGCUGCCCGUGCUGCUUCGGCCGCUCCUGCCUCAUCCCCAACCAGGGCUACCUGUCGGAGGCGGGCGCCAGCCUGGUGGACCAGAAGAUCGGGCUGGGCGUCGUGCCCAACACCAAAGUGGUGAAGCUGGUGUCGGAGACGUUCAACUACCUGCGCAUCGACCGCGAGCGCUCGCGGCUCAAGCGCGCCAUCACCGAGCAGUUCCCCAACCUGCGCUUCAACCGCAUGGGCCUGCCGCCCAAGGUGGGCUCGUUCCAGGUGUUCGUGGAGGGCUACAAGGACGCGGACUACUGGCUGCGGAGGUUCGAGCAGGAGCCGCCGCCGCCGCACGUCAUGACGAAGUUCCAGCUGCAGUUCGAGCGGCUCGUGGUGCUGGACUACAUGAUCCGCAACACGGACCGCGGGAACGACAACUGGCUCAUCCAGUACGACGCGCCCGACUCCCGCCACGCCGCCAUGACCGAGCCCUCGGAGUGGGCGGGCGGCUCGGAGAUCCGGAUCGCGGCCAUCGACAACGGGCUGGCCUUCCCCUUCAAGCACCCCGACUCGUGGCGCGCCUACCCCUACCACUGGGCGUGGCUGCCGCAGGCCAAGCGCCCCUUCAGCCAGGAGACCAAGGAGCUAGUGCUGCCGCUGCUGUCGGACAUGAACUUCGUGCAGGAGCUGUGCGACGAGCUGCAUGUGCUGUUCAAGCAAGACAAGGGCUUCGACAAGGGGCUGUUCGAGCGGCAGAUGUCGGUGCUGCGCGGCCAGCUGCUCAACCUCACGCAGGCGCUCAAGGACAACAAGAGCCCCGUGCAGCUCGUGCAGAUGCCCGCCGUCGUCGUCGAGAGGUCCAAGGGCGGCACCACGUCGUCGCGCUUCUUCGACUCGUUCCAGCAGCGCUUCCAGCACAAGUCGCCCUUCUUCUCCUGGUGGUGAUCGCCGCGCCACCGCCACGGCAUCGGCACCAUCCGCAGCCCAUGAGAUAUCGCGGCGGCGCCGUCGGCAGGAGGCGGCCGUAUCUAAGCGAACAGACUUAACAGAUCACCCGAUGGACGGUAGUCACGACGGAAGAGCGUGAACCUGCGCAGUGGGAGAUUUAUCCAUCUAUUUAGCAGUACGAAGCGACGCGCAACGGUGGGGGCUGUCUAUGCGGCCGCCGAUUGGUUUGUCGCGUAGUGUGAUAGAACUUCCGAGCGAGGUUCCCCUCCCCUGUGGAACUUACAUUGCCAACUGUUGAACUUGACCAUGACCAUUGACUCGUUAGAAUACAUUUUGUAUAACUCGUGUCAGUAAAGAAACGAAGUCGAAACGGCGCUGAUCAUUCCGUCUCACUCGCACACUAUACACAGGUAUACUGUGCCAGUGAGAGAUAGUGAUUACCGCCGCCAUUAUCGAUUCGUUUCUAUAUUGACACAAGUUAUAACUAGUUAUCAAUUGUAUACCUACGUUACAUAAGCGAAUACAGUUUAGGUCUCUUGUAAUAAGUGGUAUUUGUUGAUGAGCUGUGUUUCAUCAUAAUAUUAUGAUAUAUCAUGAAUAAUAUCAUGGUAAGGCCAUCGCCGAGCGCGGGUCUCCUCUCAGAGGGACAAGGGUCAUAGUCUACCACGCUGGCCGAGUGCAGAUUAGCAGACUUCGCACACAGUGAGAACAUUACUCGCGCAUUCGGGUUUCUUCACGAUUCCUUCACUGUUAAAGCAAGCGAUAUUUAAUUGCAUAAAACGCAUAUAAUUCCGAAAAGUGAAAGUGCGUGCCCGGAAUGUAACCCCGGACUGCCGACUGGAAGGCCAACGUCUUAACCACUGAAUUAUCAACGCUUUUUAUGUAAAAUUCCGUUGGAUGAAAUUGUUUUAUUUCCAUAAUAUGUAAAUAAUCAACAACUAGCCGAUGCCCGCGACAAACCAAUUAGCCAACAGACAAACACAUUUUCAUAUUUAUAAUAUGGGCCAGUGUCUGUUGUGACUGUCCAUACAUAUAUAAUAUACUAACUGCUAGAUUACUGACACUCGUAGGUGUGAGGGCGCGUGUUAACGAAACAAAAUCUUUUUCUUCCACAAGCAAAAGUAAAGUUGUAAACCCUCUAAUUUCUUGUCGUUUUGCUGAGCAUGUGCUAGCUUAACUAGAUCGUUUCAUUGUUAGACUGACUUCACACUUUUUCAUAUAUUUGUUUCUACAUAAAUUGGUGAGAAUAUUGAUUUUAAAACUUCUUGCCUCCAUCUGAGUUACCUAAAAGGAUUUAUGAUAGUAAAGAGAAAGAAGAAAGAAAAUAAUAAAGCAUAUUCAGUUGAAUACAAAAACCUAAAAUAAAUUGCAAGUCAAAUAUAAAUUUGAGCUGAGAGGUUUCAAAGAAAAUAAAUGAAUUCCGACUUCAACAGUAGUGCUGUGCUCUUCUUUAAAGAGUAUAUUGAACAGGAUAGCACGUCUUGAACAUGUCAGUAUAGUUUAGAUAUUUGUAUUCAAUCGAGUAUACACAGUAGAUAGUCAAUUUUUUUAGUUUAUAUAAUAACUACAGUGCAAAGCAUUAUUGUAUUUAUAUCGAGUAAUGUAUAAUUUAUUGUUAAUUUUGUAUACUUGUGAUAAGUUAUUGUAUUUUUAGUUCAGAUUUCAUUAUCUUAGCAAGAAAAUUGGUAAUAUGCAUAAUUUGAUUUACUACAAGUAAUCGUUUAACUACAACAAUAAAAUCCGUCGGUAGAUACUAUAUCUAUGGAUCAAUUUGCAUAAUGAAAAUGCAAUACUGUAAUAUUUUUUUAAUAAAACUUCCAAGAAUCUAUACAUGUAAAAAGACUUGUGUAUGUAUAUAGAGUAUAUGUAUAAUUUGGGAUUCGAUAGUAUGUAACAAAUUGAGAUUACGAAAGAUGGCUGUUGACUAAAUUAACCCGAAAUAAAAUGUCGGAAGUGACAUUGAAUGUAUUUGUUACAAGACAUAGGUCUAGUUCAUGAUAUUCAGGAUCGAAAGAGAUCCCGUUACAAACUUACAACUUUUCAAGUUCCUGUUUUGGGAGCGUAUAUGUAGUCUUAAGGACAGAUUUUCAAUAUUAAAUAUUAUUUCUUUCUGUGAUUUGCUUCAAUUUUUAUUACUCAUUUCCGAGAAUUUUCCGACGCUCUCCGGCGAUUAACCAAUGUUCAUUUAGCGUAAUACUACUACAGUAAUGUAUUCCUAUACGUAGUACUUCACUGAAGUAGCUAUGGCGUAUCCGAAGACAGGUGAUUAUUAUCGACCAGAAAAUAUUUAACUCGUGCCAUUAUUAAAAGGGAUCAGAAAUGUCGGCUUACACAUUUCCUCUCACUUGCACACUCUUUCUGUGUAGUGUGGGAGUGAGAUGGAAUGAUUAGCGCCACUUUAUUUUGAUGCGUUUAUUUAAACGCGCGAGUAAAGCAGGAUAAAUUUGGGUAAAUGUGUUUUGUGAGAUUCAAUUAAGUAAUUAGUGAACAAGCUUGAAAAAUAACUCAAUUUCUUAAGAUUUCCUUUUUAACCGACUAAAUAUUCAGUGUGUAAAAAAUUUCAUAUCGAAGGAUACAGUAAUAUGUGUCAUAUAAAAGGGGGAUAGGGAUAGGAUGGGGGUUUUAACUGAUGUUUGAACGUGAACAUAAACGUAAGGAUACGUCAAUCGAGCGCCUCUCGCGGUCUUCGACUGGUCCUCCGAGGGUCGGCACACACACAGACACACAACACUAUGCCUGAAACAUUUACUCCGAAAUGUAUUCAUUCUGAACAUAACAUACUAAUAAUUAAAAUAAACAUUAGACUCGCAUAUAUCUCAUGGCAGCAAAGAACUAAUCGAAAAUAGGCGGUUAAUCAUUCUCUUUCACUUAUACACACACAAUGAUGUAUGGUGUGCGAGUGAUAAGGAAUGAUUAGCGCUGCCAUUUCCGAUUAAUUUUUAACGACACGAGUUAUGGUGUGUAUCAGCUUGUUCGAUGUGUGUGUGUGUGUGUGUGCGCGUGUCUCGUACAGUACAAUGUUAUUAUCCCACGUGUUGUGCGUGUGUGCCGCGCGCCAACACAGGUAGACGUAUGUAGCUAAUAUCCGAUCAAGUUAACUAAACUAGUUGUAAUGUAAGAGUGAGCGAGAGAGUCACUGUGUGAGUGAAAGGAAAAGAGAUACAGCCUGCUUUGGGAAGAAACUGAUCGUUUACAUUGAAGACGUUUAGUUAUAAAAGUAACGGUAUACUUAUACAUAGUGUUUGGGGUUCAUGGCAGCUUAAUUAUAUCAAACGUGUAUCGAUUCCCUAUACUGAUGGACGUCCACGUCGUCUUAGGAUCUUUUAAAAUUAAAGUCUCGUUUUGAAACUUAAUUUAAACUAAAACUGUCUAAAGUCUACAAUGUAAAGUCCGUUCAUCCCGGGAAGUGUAAAUUGUAAGAAAAUUCCACGUUUGUAAAUAGUUUUGAACAGUUUUGUUGUAACUAAUUCAUGUUUAUAUAAUUAUUAUAAUAUACAUAAUUAUUUAAUUUCCAGAAAAAUAUAAUCACCAUUGCAUUUUA